UACCUAUCCACAGAAGCGAAACGUCCUUUGGCUGAUGGUUUAUUAGUUUUCCUGAAAAUUCAGUGUCAGGUAAACAAAAUUGAGCACAGUGGGUGCAAAAUUUAAGUUAAAAAUACAAAUAUUUUGAUUUACUUUUGUAAACUGAAUAAUAUUCAAGAACCAUGGGGGAACGUAAAGGAACAAAUUUAUACUAUCCACCUGAUUAUGAUCCACGUGUUGGUGGAUUAAAUAAAUUUCUUGGUACCCAUGCACUACGAGAGAGAGCAAGGAAGCUCCACAUGGGUAUCCUUAUCAUCAGAUUUGAGAUGCCAUAUAAUAUAUGGUGUGAAGGAUGUGGAAAUCAUAUAGGAAUGGGUGUUCGUUAUAAUGCAGAAAAGAAAAAGAUUGGAAUGUAUUAUAGUACACCAUUGUAUCAGUUCCGCAUGAAAUGUCAUCUUUGUGAUAAUCAUUUUGAAAUAAAGACUGAUCCUGCAAAUUUAGAUUAUGUAAUAGUGAGUGGAGCAAGACGUCAAGAAAAUAGAUGGGAUCCAAAGGAAAAUGAGCAAGUUGUACCAGAAACAAAAGAAGUAUCAUGCAGACUUUACGACGAUGCUAUGUAUAAGCUAGAGCAUGGUAUAGAAGAUAAGAAAGUAGCGAAAUCCCGUGAUUCCGCCUUGGAGAGUGCAUUGGCAUUAAAGGAUGCUACUUGGAAAGAUGAUUAUACUUCGAAUUGUGCAUUACGUUCGGCUUUUAGAUCAAGAAAGAAGGAAUUACAGAAAAAACAAGGUCUUGAUCAAACAUUGCUUAAGAAAAGCGGAUUAAACAUUGAUUUAGUGAACGAACAUGAAGAUGAUAUAAAAUUGGCAAAGUUAUUAAUGCAUAAAAAAGAAGUAAAAAGAAACGGAAAUAAUUCAUUGAAACGGUUGGUUUCAAUCGUUCGAUCUAAAGAUAAGUUAAGAAAAUUAUCACAGCCUACAUCGAGUAGCGAUAUAAAAAAGCAGAAAGAUCAGUUACCAAAGCUGCCAGAAUUGACCCAACCAGAAUCUACAUCGAAAGCAGCUACCAGUGUAUUAAACAUCUCGUUAGUCACAUAUGAUAGUUCUGACACCGACAGUGAAUCGUAGUAUUAGAUAACAUGAUACAAAAGUCCAAUAUUUAUACAUCAAUUAAGGGUUGUGGUUCUACAAUAGCAGUUGUAGAGGAAAUUAGUUUCUUC